GUUAAUCGUACGUGGUGUUGAUUUUUCUUUGACUUUGAUUUUGUUUGUUAGGUUUUGUUUGGAUUUGAUAGAGAUUUUUGUUUGUUACAAACCCCCCUAAUGGAAAGCAGGAUAAGGAUCUCCCACAAGGAAUCCAUGAUUACUUAGAAAAUAUAUCCGAUUUCCCCAAGUAUAUGCGUGAAAAUCCUAGUCAUGUGCCUGAUGAUCUUAUUGAGCUUUACCUAGAGCUGUUAUGCCAGUAUGAACGGGGUUCAGUUCUAAAGUUUCUAGAAAUGUUUGAUAGCUAUCGUGUGGAACAUUGUUUAUGCCUGUGCCAAGAAUAUGGCAUUAUAGAUGCUGCCGCAUUCUUAUUGGAAAGGGUUGGUGAUGUUGGUAGUGCUCUUUCACUUACACUUUCUGAUCUGAAUGAUAAAUUUGUUGAGCUUGAUGCUGCUAUGGAAGCUGUAGUGUUGAACCAUCCCAAGCUUGAUUCUUCCCAUAUGGAAGUAUUCAACACUGUUUUAAGAACAAAAGAGGUGAAUAUCAUGUAUGAUUUAUUGCAUGCCUGUAUCGGUCUAUGUCAGCGGAACACCCCUCGUCUAAAUCCUGAGGAGUCAGAGGCACACUGGUUUAAAUUACUUGACUCGUUUUGUGACCCAUUGAUGGAUUCAUAUGUUGAAGAGAGAGCAUAUGAAAGAAACAAUUAUUUUGGCGUGCUUGCUGGAUCAGCAGAUUCACAACUGGACAAAGACACCUAUAAAAGCAAUUGGAAGAUUUCUCAGUCCCAAAAUGGUGAUCUCUUGAGAAAAUUGUUAUCCCAAUUCAUUAAAGAGAUUGUUGAGGGAAUGAUAGGUUAUGUUCACCUUCCAGCUAUCAUGUCCAAACUCUUGUCUGAUAAUGGUAGUCAAGAAUUUGGCUAUUUUAAACUUACCAUAUUGGGGAUGCUGGGAACAUAUGGCUUUGAAAGAAGAAUUCUGGAUGCUGCAAAAUCUUUGAUAGAGGAUGAUACAUUCUAUACGAUGAGUUUACUCAAGAAAGGGGCCUCCCAUUGA